AUGACUGAGGAAAAAAAAUUUGAAAUCGUCCUUGACGCGCCGGAAGCUGAUGACGAUGCUAUGGUUGACGUGGAAGCUCCGAGAGCGGAAGCUCCGAGCACCGAAGUGAUAACAACGUCUGCUACAACUGAAGUAAACGAACGCGACGAAGAAACUCUUAAAAAACUGCGACUUGACGCUCUUCAUAUUCAAGGUGUCGAUAAUCUAUCUAGCGAGCAAGUCCGUCGAUACAUCCGGCUCGUCACUAAGGUACGCCGGUUUACUCUUGAAUGGGUCAAUGAUACCUCUGUCAAUAUCAACUUUUUAAGUCCCGACAUGACUCUGGAGGCCUUGCGCCAGUUGGCCGUGUCUCCUCCUGUUCCAGACCCACAGGCUGCAGCUGCAGCUGCAGUUGUUGCGGCAAACGGUGGCCCUCCAAUUCCGGUCCCACCACCUCCACCUGUGGUUGACGCGCAAGGCAAUCCAUUAGAUGAUGAUAUUUUGCGCCAGCAAGAAGCUGAGUACGAAAAUUUAGUGCACUCUGUGGCACUUGUUGCUGCAUUUGUGAACCACGCGUAUGAUUUGGAGGCUACAAUUAAAGAUGGGUCUGCCAGCAAUGUGGCCCAGUUUUUCUUACAAGAACGUGAAACAGUUCCAUUCCCGGUAGAUACAGCUCCUACAGUGAUCAAAGAAGAGUUCGAAGAUCCUCAGCAGCAACAGCAACAGGAACCAAUUGCAGAUUCAAAUGAGUCUUCCAAGUCGAUUUUCAUUGUGCGGUACGCAAUGGAUUCUGACGUGAAAGUACGUGGAUCGCGGCAAAUGUCACGGUAUUACCUUGUGCAUGGUGAGCCGAGCGUAGAAGACGAUUUGAUUACGUUUGGUAGCAUUCGAAAUUUUGACCGAGACGAGCAACAAAGACGAGAAGAUGAAAAGCGGAAGCUUGAAAUGACAGAAACAGUUCAAGCUUUGGGUGAAGAAGUUGAUGCUAACAAUGGUGAAAUUCUUCCGUCGCGAGUACUGCGUCGUCUCGAAGGACGUGGAAGUCGUGGAGCCGGUUCUGAACUUGAUGAUGUUACUCAAGAAGCUUUUAACGAAGGCAGUGAUAGCCUUCAAGGUAGAAAGCAAGAAAUGGAUGAGAUCUCAGCAUCGACUGAUAGACGUGGUGACAGCAAUAGUUUGUUUGGCCGGAUUGGACGGUCGCAUGGUAGUGACAGGCAUUCUAGACAUUACCGGUCACACCGAUCACGGUCCCCAGACCGCCGAGAAGGUUCGCGCUCUCGUUCACGGUCACGGUCUCCGGGUUUUGGUGGCAGUCGUGGAGGUGGCCGUGGUGGUGACAGAUGGCGUUAUGAUGGACAACGUCGUGGUGAUAACGAGAGGUCGUAUGGGCGCGGUAGAGACGAUAGCCGGUGGAGAAAUUCAAGACGGGACUCUGAUUUGCGAGGAUCAAGUACCGGCAAAGAUAACCGGUGGAAACACGAUCUGGGUUAUGAUUCAGAGCCCAAGAGAGUAGGUGGAGUGUGGGAGCACGAUUUACAUGACGAUGUUAGUACAAGCGCAACCAAGGCUGGGACGGCGUUUGGAGAACGGCUAUCGUUUGGAGCUUCUGAGACCGAUAGCGGAGCUGGCCGACGGCGGCCGCGACGCAGAGCCCAUGAUCACUAUUGA